AUGUUCCACAUUCCGGACCAAUCUUCUUGUGGUGCGCGGGUCCCGUACCUCAUCGUCCCAUCGUUAUUUUCGCGUCAGUGCUGGUGCCAAGACGAGAAUAUCGACCUCAGACACGGCGAGGGCACGUGCGACUACGCUUGCACGGGCGAUGGCUCUGUUGUUUGCGGAGGUAUUCUCUCGUUUUCCUUGUACGAGCUGGAGGAAGCGAUCUUGCCGACUGCUCCCACGGACGACAGCUACGUGGGAUGCUUUGCAGACGACCGGCAAGACCGUGUUCUGGGUGUUCAGACGUCUUCGAGCGAGAUGACCUCGGAGGUCUGCGCCGCCUACUGCGCCAACGAGUCCUUCGGCAACAAGUUCUACGCCACGCAAUAUGGCGAAGAGUGUUGGUGCGCGCCGUCUGUCGACCUCAGGUACGGCGAGGGCACGUGCGACUACGCGUGCACUGGGGCAGUCGAGACGACUUGCGGUGGCUUUGAGGCGUUCGACCUCUUCGAGCUGGACGUAGUCGACCGGUCAUCUCCUCCGUCGGAACAUUACUACCUGGGAUGUUUCGCGGACGACCAGAACGACCGCGUCCUCGAGGAUGAGACGUCUUCCGGUAACAUGAGCUUGCAAGUGAGUCCUUCCCACAACUGCCUUGGCGCGAAUAACGCAGCCGAGCACACGUGCUGGUGCGGGGGAUGCGAACUGCUGGAUGAGGGCCUCCACCGUUAUGACAGGCACGGCGCCACCUCUUGUACUGGGUACCCCUGCACGGGAGAGGGAUCUCGGGCCUGCGGCGGGGUUUACGCGUUUUCCCUGUACUAUCGCGGGACCUGUGGGAGUUCGGAAACGGCCGCACCGACCGGUCUUCUGACCACCAGCGACACGCCCACAGCCGCACCGACCGCUUCUCCGACAGCAUUCCUGACCACCGAUGUCGAGUCGCCGUGGCUGACGUGGCGGGUUGAGGGGAGCGAGGUGAAGAUAAAAGAGACUGACCACUGGGGUGCCGUGGCCUACGUACCCAGUCCUGAAGGGGACGGCGUCACCUUUUUCUUCCACAAGACUGAGGAGCGGCUGAGCCAAAUACAGAUCGGGACGGAGCUGUAUGAUGUUAUAUACAGCGGCGGAGAGAUCACGGACGUGGCGGAGUGCCACGGCGAGUGCUACGACCCGUUGGAUUUCCAGUGCUGUGAUGGCACCAUUGCCACAUGCUGCAACGAGGAGGUGCCGUGCGGAACCCGUUGUCACGAUCCGCUUACGACGCAGUGCUGCGCCGAUGGCAACAUCUUGGACCAGGACGAGUGUUGCGCCGGGUAUUUGGGGUUCAACGGGGCCGUGAACUGUUGUGCGGACGAAAGCGUUGUGGGAUGGGACGAGUGCUGCAUCGGCGAGGUGCAAUGCAUCUACGGCUCGUCGUGCUAUGACCCGCAAGACUCUACUUGCUGCGAAGAUGACUCCAUUAUCGACAUCGGGUCCGCCUGCUCUCCCAUUGCAGACAACGUGCCGAAACGCGGCGGAGAUCCUCACGUGGAGGGAUACGACGAUGUCGGGUACGAUUGCCACGGGCAGGGCGAAUUCGUGGUCACCAAAGCUGCGGCCACCGACAGCGAGGUUCAAGCGCGCUUCCAGCAAUGGAGCCAAAACCCAACCCCAGGGGUCACUGUGGCCACCGCCGUCGCAGCGCGCGAAGGAACUUCAUCCGUGAUUCAGGCGACGUCGACCGCCUCCGGCGGGCUCGAGGUGUGGGUGGAUGGUGAGCUGUACGAUGAGGCCGCUGGUACAACUCUCACCGGAGUUGCGCUAGAGCUCCUGGAGGCGCGGGUGGAGAUGAUCUUCCCGUCGGGAAUGGAAGUAAUCGUGUUGUCCCGCACAGGCGGGAUUCUGAGAAUCGACGCGUACGUACCUCUCGAUCUCGCCACGACGGGUCUUCUCGGCAACAACAACGGGAACAUUGGAGACGAUUGGAGGACUGCGGACAAUGAGAUUGUCGAGUUUGCGUCAGAGCACCCGACAGUUGCGGAAGGCACGAACUACUGCACCACGAACUGGUGCACCACCGAGGACUCUUCGAUAUUCACUUACGCAGAGGGAGAAGACCACGGCACGUACGACUUGUGUGACGUGGUUUACGUCGCGCCCGUGCUACCCGACGUCAUCCCGGCUGCAGUCACGGAGCUGUGUGGCGACAACACCAACUGUGUAUUCGAUGCCCUCCUUGCUGGCGAGGAGGUGGGUGAGGCAACCCUCAAAGAAGAAGAGGCGGCCCGAGUCUACCAGGAAGGACUUGGAGGUCUCUGCACGACCAACACCUUUAGCAGCACAGGCACACCACCCUGCACGGAUUGCCCCGCCGGGGAGGUUUCAGGGCGUGGUGCGAAAGUGUGCGUCCCCCAAGGGGUCCCCGCAGUAGCUCUCCCCUCCGAGGCUAUCGUCGCUGCCAUGUUAGCUGACGCGACGGGUGGCUUCGCUGGUCCGGGAUCCCUCAUCGACGGAGGAGUGAUGGGUGGGUUCGGCGUUACCGAAGUGGACAUACAACCAUGGGGCGAGAUCGAACUCACUGACGCGAACCUCGGAUCUGUCUACGUGUCCGGCAAGUUCGUCCGUCACGACAGCGCACCGCUGCCCUUCUCGUCGGCCGUCUUCUUCUACAUCGAGAACGCAGACCAGCCGGACGACAUUGCACGCGGCAGCUCCAAAAUACGAGGCACAUCCGGAGACUUCUCGAUGGUCGUGAUGGACGUCCCUCCUGGAAACAGCAGGCUGUUCCUCAGCUUUGUCAUCAAGGAUCCCGCGGAGGCGCUGAACGUCGCGGCGGAGGUGGUGCCGGCAACGUCAAUAUUCUCGCUUCAAAUCUCCAACAUGGCAUGCGUCCCGUCUUUGACCAUCACUCACGAGUGGAUCGGUGGCAAUUUUGCUCCCUAUGAGAUCACUGAACCCGACCUAACCACCAUCCACUCCGGUCAUGGGAACUAUUCCGGGGGCGUCGGAGUCUUCCAGGACAAUUGGGCAGGGAGCUCACCCGCGGCCAAAAGGUACAUUCUCUACAGCGGGCUUGACGUCGACACCAGCCAGGUGCUGGGCGAGUACAAAGGGCGCAAGUUUUUACCAAUUCUACCUUCCGAAACCCCGCCGACUUGGCGUAUUACCGCUCGUGUUUCAGGGGAGAUCGUCUACAUGUACAAGGAGGAACAGGUCCAGUCCGAUAUCGUAGAGUUCACCGUGCUUCUGACUGACUACGAUCCCAGUUGUGGCGUACCUCCGUGA